AUGUCGCAAGAGUUGAAGGCAUUUCUAUGCAGCCGGUGCUCAAUCCAGAGUCAAAAAAUACUGACUAUGUUUUUCUCUCACGAUGCAUUGGAAGGUGAUGUUGUGAGUACACUCGGAUAUAAAAAUCAGUAUGUUAAAGUUCCAGAAGGGCACUGUUGGGUCGAGGGUGACCACACAGGCCAUACUCUGGAUAGCAACACAUUUGGACCUGUGUCUGUUGGUUUGAUCAAUGCAAAAGCUGUUUGUAUAGUUUGGCCUCCAGAGAGGUGGCAAAGUUUGGAGGCCAAACUACCAGAGAACAGAAAACCUCUCAGUUUAUCUUUA